GUCGCAACAACUAUUGCCAAAUUCAUAACAAAUCGUGUGAAAUAUCAUUGAAAGCGUUCAUUUGGCAAGUUUAAGGUUACUUGUUGUUUACUUCCGGAUCCAAGUGGGCGUAGAGUUCUCGAGAUCGUCUUAUAAAAACUACAGCCUUUGUGAAGCAGAUAAACAGUCAAGUUCAAGUCGAAAAGUAAACAAGAUGAAGAUUAGCUGUGCUCUGUUUGUGGUAAUGGCGCUGUUCGGCAGCAGCUGGGCGCAAUAUCAGUAUCCUCAAAGUCAACAUACAAGUGCUGGCUAUGGAUCGCCGGCAUCCUCCGUUGGCUCAUCCCCAGGCGCUAACAGUCGCAUAAUUGGCUUGUUGGGUGGUGCUGGGGGAGGGAGCGGGCUUGGCGGCGGCGGCGGGCUUGGAGGCGGUGGCUUAGGUGGAUUACUUAAUCUAUUUGGCGGACUAGUAGGUGGAGGACGUCAAUCCCAGCUGUUCGGACAAAGAUAUCCAGCACAGUCUGCCGGAUAUCCGGGCUACGGAUACGGCGGUGCACUUGGUACAGGCUAUGCCGGCAAUCAUCCUUAUUCUGGUGGCUAUUCUGGUGGCUUUCCUGGAGCAUAUCCUGGCAACAAUUUCGGUGGUGGAUAUGGAUAUGGUAAUGGUUUCGGCAACUACUACGGCUAAUAUUUUAUGUCAGAUCAACCGCCCAAUUGUGCCAAGUAUUAUAUUGAUUGAUUUUCUGCGCAUUUGUUAUUAGUUUUUAGUUAAAAGCAUUGUUGACCAUGAAAAUACAGGCAUGUUUAUGUUUACU